AAACCUAAUGUGUCAAAAUAAUAAACAUUUAUUGAUUUACUUUGACCUCAAUUCGAAGUAGUUUUAAUACCGUUUAAAAUGUCUUCUCUCAUGCAAAAAUGUAACGACGACAACAUCCCUUUGGCCGAUGACGAUCCCCAAGUGAUAAUAACAGACGACGUGGACAACAACCGUUUGGACCACGGCCGGUCCAUGGAUUCACUCCCGAGUUCCUAUACAGGGGGUUCUUCAAGCCCAGGGUUGAAUGGACCAGCUAGUUUUGAACCGGAUUCUGGAAUAGAUGAACAGGAGGAGAAGGCGCGGUUGAUAUCGCAAGUUUUGGAGCUUCAGAACACAUUGGAUGAUCUGUCACAGAGGGUUGAUUCAGUGAAAGAAGAAAACUUGAAACUACGCUCAGAAAACCAAGUGUUAGGUCAGUACAUAGAGAAUUUGAUGUCAGCUUCUUCAGUAUUUCAAUCCACUACAGCAAAUGUCAAUAAGAAGUAAUGUAUGUGUUAAUAAAAUGAAGGGCACAAGGAUAAAAAAUUGGGGGUCCUAAAACUUCUAUGGGCUUUAUUUUUUUAAGGGUCCAGAGUUAUCUGUGAAAAUAUCAAACGGGUGCUGCGAUGCUGAGAGUUGCAGGAAUACUUUGCUUAUAAUUCAUCCUAAUAUGUGGCAAUAAAACUUAAUGUUGGUAAAGUUAUCAAAAAAUUAAGAACAAAUUUUUUUCAGUGAUAAUUUUAUUAAUAAAGGUUUUACAUUUCGCUUUUCUCAAAGACCUCAAGAUUGAACAUACAUUAUUCUAGCCUUGUCCCCUUCAAAUAGAUAUAUCCCUUAUAGCCUACAAUUAAGCUAACUAAGGAGAAAAUUUGCUAUAAAAAAAAAUCAAUUUUAAGAAAAAAUAUAAUGAGAUUUUCUUACUUAACUAGCACAGAUUCUUAGCAUACAUCUUAAUUUAGGUUUUUUAUUGGUGCUGUUUCUGAAUUUCAAAAGUCUCAAAUCUAAACUGACUAAAAGUAGUGGUACUCUAAAAGGAAUGCUGAGCAGGAAAGCACUGCUUUAAUUUACAGAUCUGUUAUUUAAGUGUGUGUUGUGUCCAACAGAAUUGCUACCAUAUUAAAUGAUUGUUUUAAUCUCUGCUUUUAUGGAGUAGCAUCUUCACAUUUUAGAUCAUCAUUUACCAUUGAGUAACAUGAGGAAGCACUAACUUGACAGCAAAUAAAAAAAAUCCUUGAUUAUAACUUUUUUAUGUCCUAAAGCAAAAAAGGUUAAACUAGAAAAUACUGUUUAUAUUUUUAGAUAGAUUCUAAUCUCAAUUCCUUUUAAAAAUAUAAAUAUUUUCUAACAUUUUUGAUUUUAGUUUGCCUUACAGUGUUGCCAGUGUCAAAAAUUAAAUAUUAAGUGUGGUGUUAAAUACAAAGUGAGAGUAUAAUAUGACACUACUAGACUAAUAUGGAUAAUUUUUGAAUUGCAUUGACUUUUAAUUUUUUUAUUAUUUACAAUCUAUAGGAAUUUGUGUAUAAUAAUUUAUAGUAACAUACUGGUGCCAAUUCUUUUGUACAUGAAUCUCUGAAGUAAACAAGAUUGACAAUUCUUAAACAGUUACACAUUAAAAGUGAUGGAACUACAGUCAACACUGAGAAUUAAGUUUACAUUACAGAUUUGUAUACAACAGAGAUGGCACCACUUUUUAUGUUUAAGUUUGUUUUUUGUUUUGUAAAUAUGCAUUAAAGGGAGCCUAUUACUAAAAUAAGGUUUUUAAAUAAUCGUAACAUUUUAUUCACCCAGUUUUUACUGUCUUAAAAUCAACAUUCCAUACACUUUUUACUUUUGUUCACAAUUUUUACUAGUGUAUAAGGGCUCUAU